GAACAAUGCGAAAUCGCAUUUAAUUCCUUGACCUGCAUCCCAGGAUACUGCAAAGAAGGAUCUGUAUGUGAGCUGGUUGGACUUGGAAUGUUGUGCAAACACUGUCGCUACUCAUCUACCGAUGCCGACGAACGAUGCAGGCUUCGUUCUUUGGGUUUUGAAGGACGAGGACUAGUGAACAUCAACAAGGCGCUGAGCAGACUGGAAUGGGAACUUAGCUUCAGGCUUGCUACAAUUGCACGCGAUGGAGUGGUGUUGUUUUCCGGCGACCGUAAUUCGGACUUCGUAGAAAUCUCCAUUCACGACCGAGUACUUCAAGCCGAGUUUUCACUUGGUGGCAAGCCAAAACUAGUACGAAUGGAAAACGAACGGAAAAAUCGCGUGAACGAUGGCGAGUGGCAUACUGUACUAUUGAAGUACUACGAUAGGCAUCUUACAAUUGUCCUGGAUGAAUGUGACCCAUUUGUCGCUCUACAUGCACAUGGUUCACCUUCAUGUGCUGCACAGGCUCGAAUCGAUCUUCCGGCUAAGUAA